GUCGAGCUAUCUUGAAAACCCAUCAUUCAUUUUCUUUGAAUUGAUUGGCAUGAGUGUUUUCUUUGAUUGUCAAUCAGUCAAACAGUUCAUACACUAUACAUUCCACCUCGCCUUCGACAACUCUGUAUCCAUCACGGAUCGCCGGCUAGCUAACCAAACUUUUCGAAGCUCCCUUUAAGCCAGACUCUACUCCCGCAGCCUCUUCGCCAAUCAUAUCUGGUCCGCCUGGCAGUUCGCUGGGUCAAGUCUUUGACAGCUUCUUCCGCAUCGCCGCAAACGGAAGGCGAUCUCCGCCAAUAUGUUCGCCCAACCAUUCGAUCAUUCGUUCAAUGACUUGUUCAACCAGUACGUCAAUAUGGAUACGUUGAGUGUCGACGGCAACAAAGAUGUUUCAUUCCCCAGUGAAUUCGACCAAAUGUUCCCACUUGACUCAUUCUCAAGUGAAUGUGGUGACCAAUCUCCGACUGUCUCCACCACGCAGCACACCCAUCAGUCAGCCCAACCCUGGGGUAAAGAUCCUUGGUGUCUGUCACAUAACACGGACUACGCUGCAGAUCAGAGUGACUUUAAUUUCCAGGAUAGCAUCCAGUUGUCGACUGUCUCGGACUUAAACGCAGGCCAAGAAUUUCCCUCUGCAAGCCACCAGCAGCCUGCUUCCACCCGUUCAUCGCCUUCAACUCCUCCAGCAACACCCCGUCGCAAAAUCAAAAGCGGUUUAAUCACCCCAAAGUCUAUCAAACGUCACCGAGAGCCUAAUGACCGACGCGGAUUGCUACGCAAGCAAAGCUUCUCUCCCAGCUUGAUGCGCACUUCCCACCUGCAAAAAGGCUCUGGUAGGAUGGCGUAUCCCGAGGCCUGGACUCAAGGAUUCCAGAAUUUUAGCAUUCGGAGCUCAGAUGAAUGCCUACCAUUGUCCCCUCCCCCAUCCGACAUCCUUAUUCAACACGAGAAUAUCCCGACCAAAAGCACACCUGCGCAAAUGAACCCCUCCGCGGAGGGCUUCGCCAGAGAUUCAGCAGAGAUGCCCCAUCAAUACGACUCGAGCGUUUUCAACCAUUCACCUGCCAUUACUAUGCCUUCUCCCUCUGCCCAUGCCCUGGCCAAGCAGCAGCAGAGGUAUCUUAACCAGUCGAACAACUCUGGUUUGACCCCAAGCCCUCCUUCAGCUGACGAUCUCUUCUCCUCUCCGCAUUCAUCUGAUCCUCAAUCUAUGUCUUCUUGGAACUCAGAUUCUCUGGGCACGCCUGCGUUUCAGUUCACUCCCGACCUUCAAGGCCAUGAUGCUCAAGCCUGGUGGUCUCCCAUGUCCUCGCGGGUUGCACCGCCUCAAGCUUCAUACCAGCAAAUGAUUGCAUCCCCUGUUCCACAACGGCCGCUUCAAGCCUCUACAAAUCAAAGUGAUCUUUUGCAAGGGGGUCUCAUGAUUCAACUGGAUCCAUUUGAAAUGCCCUCCGCCACACGGCCACCUUUCCCAGCCUCCACGAUACCCUCCACCACCAACACCCAGGAUACUCGUACCUAUAGUCACGGAACUCCUAUGCCACAAAAAUAUGCCGACACCCCCGCCUUCACGACACCGAAUCUUCAUAACCAGUCGCGAUCACCGUCUUUGUCUCCACAUGCAGAUGUCUCACCCAAGGAUGGGACAAUUAUGCGUAACGGAAUGAUCAUGAAAACUUCUCAACGCCGUACCCACGGUCGAAAGCUAUCGGGCCAUUCUAUGGGAGCCCCUAAACCCCUCAAAGGGCCGAAUGGAAGUCCUAAGGGCGCCAAUAAAUCCGUGACUGUGUCCUUCGUAAACUUCACUCCAAAUGAUAGCCACAAGAUUCUGACAGGAGUCGCUCCAAGUGGCAGCUCCAAGACGAAGGCAAGGAGGGAACAAGAGGCACGCGAUCGACGGCGCAAGCUCAGUGAGGCUGCGCUGAAUGCAGUACGAAAAGCUGGCGGAGACGUUGAAGCCCUAGAGGCUGUUUUCUGCUAAACAAAAGCAUUAUUUCUG